UGGAGUUUCAUUGGGUAAAGUUGCACACACUGUCAGUUUACCUCCACCUUGUAUCACUGCAUCAAGUUUUGCUCCUGGGCGCUGAGGAUUAAUUUUUACACAAAACAAUUGCGAUUUUUGCUGGAAGAUGUUGUUUCUCAUGCAGACGUGUAGAGAAUCACUCUGAAUGUUCAGGAUGAGAAAAUGGCGCAUUCGUUUACUCCACCAGGACCUAAAAGUUUCCGUAAGUUCACCCGUGAAUCUCUUAAGGCCAUCGAGAGUCGGAUCGCUGAGGAGAACGCCAGGAAGUCCAAGGACAAGCACGAGAAAAAUAAAGACGAUGAAUGCAGGAGGAAACCCAACAGCGGCCUGGAGGCCGGGAAAAAUCUGCCCUUCAUAUACGGAGACGUUCCCAGAGGAUUGGUGUCCACACCACUGGAGGACCUGGACCAGUUCUACAGCAAUCGGGCAACUUUUAUAGUAGUGAACAAAAAAAAGACAAUCAGUCGUUUCAGCGCCGCUUCUGCCUUGUACAUCUUCAGUCCCUUCAACCUUCUGAGGAGAAUAUCAAUUAAGAUUUUGGUACAUUCAUUGUUCAGUAUGUUUAUAAUGUUCACUAUACUGGCAAACUGCGCUUUCAUGGUCUACUCACAGCCUCCAGACUGGGCCAAGAAUGUAGAAUAUGCCUUCACUGGGAUAUACACCUUUGAAGCGCUCAUAAAGAUCAUCGCCAGGGGAUUCUGUGUGGGACAGUUUACGUUUCUCAGAGACCCAUGGAACUGGUUGGAUUUUAUGGUUAUAGUCAUGGCAUAUGUAACAGAGUUUGUGGAUCUGGGUAGUGUGUCCGCCCUGCGAGCGUUCAGAGUUCUUCGAGCCCUGAAAACUAUAUUUAAACAAGGCACAAAAACAAUGUUGGACCAAGGUUUCCAACAAAAAUGUAUUUGUAAGGCUCUUUUCUCUCCUCAGUCCCCUCUGAGUUUUCAGGGUUCAAUCCACACCCCACGUCGGGACAGCAAAGGUAGCAUCUUCAGCUUCCGCAGGCGUGUGCAUUCAGAAAACAACUACGCUGACGACGAGCAAAGCAUGUGUGAGGAGACGGGCAGCCGAAGAGACUCUCUGUUUCUACCCUCUCGAUCCGAGCGGCUUUACAGCACUCUUAGCAAAAGCAGUCUGACGCCGCGUAUAUUGUUGCCGUCUAAUGGAAAAGUACGAUACGUGGUUGACAGCAAUGGCAUGGUGAUAGUGUCGGGCGGAGCGUCUUCACCCAACUCGCCCUCCGGAAUACUGACGCCGGAGGUGUCCAGAAAAAGAGCCAUGUUUGACGACACUUGCUAUGACACAGAUGAAGAAUCUCGACGCCGAUGUGAUUCAAGGAGCUAUUCAAAGGCUUUUCUAUAUGACCAGUCAGCGAGACAGCGAGCUUUGAGCAUCGCAAGUGUCAGCAACAACCCUACUGACUCAUCGGAGGUCUGGAAACAGAAGUGUGUUGAGUGCUGGUUCAAGUUUGCCGAGGAUUAUCUGAUUUGGGAUUGCAGUCCCACAUGGCUGAAGAUAAAGAAAAUUGUCCACAUGGUUGUGAUGGACCCCUUUGCAGAUCUGUUUAUCACCAUUUGCAUAGUGAUAAACACAGUAUUCAUGGCCAUGGAGUAUUAUCCCAUGCAAAAUGACUAUGUUUACAUGCUUUCAACUGCCAAUGUGGUUUUCAUAGGUAUCUUUGCAGCAGAAAUGAUAUUCAAGAUCAUUGCAUUGGACCCGUACACUUACUUUCAGGAAGGCUGGAAUAUCUUCGACAGCAUCAUAGUCACACUGAGUCUGCUGGAACUUUGUUUGGCAAAUGUGGUGUCUGGAAUUGGUUUUCUUAGGCCAUUCAGACUGCUGAGAGUCUUCAAACUAGCUAAGUCCUGGCCGACUCUGAACAUGCUAAUCAAGAUCAUUGGCAACUCACUAGGCGCCUUGAGCAACCUGACGCUUGUGCUGGCCAUCAUCGUCUUCAUCUUCGCCGUGGUGGGCAUGCAACUGUUCGGGAAGAACUACCGUGACUGUGUGUGUAAGAUUUCUGAGGAUUGCACGCUUCCUCGCUGGCACAUGUACGAUUUCUUCCACUCGUUCCUGAUCGUCUUCAGGGUUUUGUGUGGAGAGUGGAUCGAGACCAUGUGGGACUGCAUGCAAGUGUCGGGACAGCCCUUGUGCUUAAUUGUGUUCAUGAUGGUCAUGGUCAUUGGAAAUCUGGUGGUUUUGAACCUGUUCCUCGCUCUGCUGCUCAGCUCAUUCAGUGCCGACAACCUCGCAGCCCCUGAUGACGAGGGCGAAAAGAACAACCUGCAGAUAGCGGUUGGUCGAAUCAGGAAAGGUGUUGCUUUAGUUAAGGCCUGCCUUCAGAAUUUCUUCCGGAGCGGCUGUUUAAGAAGGAGGAAGCCGAAAAAGAAAACCGUAGAUGGGAACACGAUCGGGAGAAACUGCAAGGGAAUAAAUGAUAACUCCAACCACACCACACUAGAGCUGGUUAAAGGCACUGGAGGAACAGACAUGGAUAGUGACACUGAGAAUUAUAUCAGCAACUCAAGCUUGGAUGUCAGGGUCCCGAUCGCUGAUGAGGAGUCUGAUUUUGAGUGCCUCAACACUGAGGAUUUCAGUAGCUUUUCUUCAGACCUAGAGGAUAAAGAGAAGCUGUCUGACGUGGCUCCCAGCUCUUCGGAGGGCAGCACGGUGGACCUCAGACACUUCGGAAAAGAUGGAGAAGAUGCUUUGGACUUUGAACUUGAGGAAUCUAUGGCUCCAGAUGCUUGUUUCACACCAGGGUGUGUCCAAAGGUUCCCGUGCUGCCAGGUGGAUGUUGAAAAGGGCAUGUGGAAGAAAUGGUGGCUGCUGAGACAGACAUGCUAUAACAUAGUGGAGCACAGCUGGUUUGAGAGCUUCAUCAUCUUCAUGAUUCUGCUUAGCAGUGGCGCUCUGGCAUUUGAGGACAUUUACCUUAACACAAGGAAAACCGUAAAGACCGUACUGGAAUUUGCUGACAAAGUUUUCACCUACAUCUUCAUUCUUGAGAUGCUGCUGAAAUGGGUCGCAUAUGGUUUUGCCAAAUACUUCACCAAUCUCUGGUGCUGGCUGGAUUUUAUUAUUGUUGAUGUCUCUCUGAUCAGCCUGGUAGCCAACGCCCUGGACUAUCAAGAUCUGGGCGCCAUCAAAAGUCUCCGAACGCUGAGAGCCUUCCGACCGCUCCGAGCUCUCUCACGCUUUGAGGGAAUGAGGGUGGUUGUGAAUGCUCUUCUGGGUGCCAUCCCCUCUAUCAUGAACGUCCUGCUGGUCUGCCUCAUCUUCUGGCUCAUUUUUAGCAUUGUGGGCGUCAACUUCUUCGCCGGAAAGUUUUCUGAAUGUGUAAACAUUACCUCAGACAAACGCAUGUCUAUCACAGAUAUCAAUAACAAAACAGAAUGUGAUCUGUGGCCCGAAGAACUCCGCUGGAGAAAAGUGAAAAUCAACUUUGACAAUGUAGGAAGUGGAUACCUGGCCCUGCUACAAGUGGCCACCUUUAAAGGGUGGAUGCCCAUUAUGUAUGCAGCGAUAGACUCUCGCAAAGUAGAAGAGCAGCCAGAGUAUGAGGUGAAUCUGUAUAUGUACAUCUAUUUUGUCAUCUUCAUCAUCCUUGGAGCUUUUUUCACAUUAAAUCUCUUCAUUGGCGUCAUCAUUGACAACUUCAAUCAGCAGAAGAAAAAGUUUGGGGGUCAGGAUAUUUUCAUGACAGAAGAGCAGAAGAAAUACUACAACGCUAUGAAGAAGCUCGGCUCAAAGAAACCUCAAAAACCCAUUCCAAGGCCAAAAAACAAGAUUCAAGGAUUCAUCUUUGACCUCGUAACCAAACAGGCCUUUGACAUUUUCAUUAUGGUCCUUAUCUGGCUCAACAUGGUCACUAUGAUGGUGGAGACAGAAGAUCAGUCACCGGAAAUGAGCAACGUGCUGUACUGGAUCAAUGUUGCCUUCAUUGUGCUCUUCACCAGUGAAUGUGUGCUAAAGAUGUUUGCGCUACGGCAGUACUUCUUCACGGUCGGCUGGAACGUAUUCGACUUCAUCGUGGUCAUCCUGUCUAUAGUUGGCAUGUUCCUGGCAGAAGUCAUUAAGAAGUACUUUGUCUCGCCCACCUUGUUUCGCGUCAUUCGCCUCGCCCGGAUCGGCCGCGUACUACGUCUUAUCCGAGGCGCCAAGGGAAUACGGACCCUUCUGUUUGCGUUGAUGAUGUCACUUCCUGCCCUUUUCAACAUUGGACUUCUUCUCUUCCUUGUCAUGUUCAUCUACGCCAUCUUCGGCAUGUCCAACUUCGCCUACGUCAAAAAAUCGGGCGGCAUCGAUGACAUGUUCAACUUCGAGACGUUUGGCAACAGCAUGUUGUGUUUGUUUCAGAUCACCACCUCGGGAGGCUGGGACGGCCUUCUGGCGCCCAUGUUAAAUAGCGAAUAUCCCGACUGCAACCCCAAUAAAACCUUCCCCGGCAGCAAGGUUAUAGGCGACUGCGGGAACCCAUCCAUCGGGAUUUUCUUCUUCGUCAGCUAUAUCAUCAUAUGCUUCCUGAUCGUGGUGAACAUGUACAUCGCUGUCAUCCUGGAGAACUUCAGCGUGGCCACCGAAGAGAGCGCCGAGCCUUUGAGCGAAGACGACUUCGAUAGGUUUUAUGAGGUUUGGGAGAAGUUUGACCCGAACGCCACGCAGUUCAUGGAGUACGACAAGUUGUCGGACUUCGCCAAUUCUCUGGAUCCGCCUCUGCGAAUACCCAAGCCCAACCGACUGCAGCUGAUCUCCAUGGAUCUGCCGAUGGUGAGCGGCGAACGCAUCCACUGUCUGGAUAUCUUGUUCGCUUUCACCAAACGGGUUCUUGGGGAAGGCGGCGAGAUGGACAUCCUUCGCGGACAAAUGGAAGAACGAUUCAUGGCCUCCAACCCCUCAAAGUCCUCUUAUGAGCCCAUCACCACAACCCUGCGUAGGAAGCAUGAAGAUAUGUCUGCUGCAAUCAUCCAGAGAGCCUUCAGGAAGCACUUGAUCCGACAUAGUGUGAAGAAGGUCCGUAAUGUCUACAGAGGGAUCAAGCAGCAAAACGGCAAGGUCCCGAGUAAAGAGUCUGUUGACAAUGACAAGUGCAAUGAUAGUGGCGCUUCAGAAGACUCUGGCGCAACGUCCGCCAUGUCCUCUCCUAGCCUGUCGCAGAACACCACAAACAAAUACGAGAAGGACAAACAUGAGAAAGAAGUGGAAGACAAAUGUAACGGAGUUUAGAGUAGCAUUACGAACAAUUGUUUACAACUUUACUUCAAGUUAUUUGUCAGGGUCAGGUGACCUUGUCUGUUUGAUGUGGAUGUCUAUGCCAUACUGCCUGAGCAUACUUGAACUUUGUGCCUAUUCUGGAGCUGUGAUUAACAUGAGUUAGGCAGUGAAGCUGCUAUGGUUAACCCGUUUCACUCGCUGGCGAAAAUGGCGAUGGACCAAGUGUAAUUGUGUUGUGAUCUGAUGCGUUUUCUUUGUGUGUUGUUCAGUGUAUUUGUGUGUCGGAGCUGCAUCCAGUGUCUUGCAUUUAUAGGCGAAGUGUGUGAUUUUUGUGCUACUAGCGGCAAUCGAACCUUUAAGGCAAAACAACUGCUUAAGCAAUUUCUCUCUUUGCAAAAUUCAGCAAGGACACCAAUAAAUUGAUGAAAAGUGGUCAUAAAGGCGCAAUUCUUAACAUUACAAAAAGUUACUAUUGCACCUAAAUCCUGUUCUCUUGAACUUUCUGUUCA